AUGUAUGGGCGUUACACACAGGAGCUCGGUGUGUACGCCAAGGAGGAGGCGGCCCGCCUGCGUGACGGCGGGGGGCUGCGGAGGGUCACCAGUGUUCGCAGUCGGUCGGCAGAGCUGCUGGAGUAUGAGAAAGACCCCUGCGCUAAGUGUCAUGUGUGUACGUCUCGAUGUCAGAAGUUCCUGAUCUCUCGUGUGGGCGAGGACUGGAUCUUUCUCAUCCUACUGGGUCUGGUAAUGGCCCUGGUCAGYUGGGUGAUGGACUAUGCUAUCGCCUUCUGUCAGCAAGCUCAGAAGUGGAUGUACGGGGAACUGGACAGUAACAUGCUCCUGCAGUACCUGGCAUGGGUCACCUACCCAGUGGUGCUCAUCACUUUCUCAGCAGGGUUCACACAGAUACUGUCCCCGCAGGCUGUGGGUUCGGGUAUCCCAGAGAUGAAGACCAUUCUGAGAGGCGUAGUGCUGAAGGAAUAUCUCACCUUUAAAACCUUUGUGGCCAAAGUUAUCGGGCUGACCUGUGCUCUGGGCAGUGGCAUGCCCCUGGGAAAGGAGGGCCCGUUCGUUCAUGUGGCCAGUCUCUGUGCAGCCCUCCUGAGCAAGUUCUUGGCUGCCUUGUUUGGUGGAAUCUACAAGGAAGAGCCCUUUGAGGGAAACAAGAAUGAGCUGAGGAACACUGAGAUGCUAUCAGCAGCAUGUGCAGUGGGGGUAGGCUGCUGCUUCGCUGCCCCCAUUGGAGGUGUGCUCUUCAGCAUUGAGGUAACGUCUACGUUCUUUGCGGUGAGGAACUACUGGAGGGGCUUCUUCGCUGCCACCUUCAGUGCCUUCAUCUUCAGAGUACUGGCUGUGUGGAACCAGGACGAAGAGACCAUCACAGCCCUCUUUAAGACACGUUUCCGCCUGGACUUCCCCUUUGACCUCCAGGAGCUGCCAGCCUUCGCCAUCCUGGGGAUUGCGUGUGGUUUUGGUGGGGCCCUGUUUGUCUACCUGAACAGACUGAUAGUAGAGUGUAUGAGGAAACAGAAGACCAUCAACAAGUUCCUGCUCAGGAACUCCUCUCUCCAUGUCAGACGUCUGGUGUAUCCUGCUAUGGUCACCUUGAUCAUUUCCACCCUCACCUUCCCCCCUGGGUUUGGACAGUUCAUGGCUGGACAGCUGACGCAGCAUGAGUCCCUGGUGGCGUUGUUGGACAACCGAACAUGGUGUCGGCAGGGCGUUGCCGAGGAGUUCGACUACAUCAGCCACUCCCACGCCUGGAAACACCCCCAGGUUAACGUCUUCAUCACUCUCAUCCUCUUCAUCGUCAUGAAGUUCUGGAUGUCUGCAGUAGCUACCACCAUGCCUGUGCCAUGUGGGGCCUUCAUGCCAGUUUUCCUCAUUGGUGCGGCAUUUGGACGUUUGGUAGGAGAGACCAUGGCAGUCAUGUUCCCUGAUGGCAUCCAUGCUGAUGGCAGUGUCUAUCCCAUAGUGCCUGGCGGCUAUGCUGUAGUGGGUGCAGCGGCGUUGUCGGGGGCAGUGACUCACACGGUGUCGACAGCAGUCAUCGUGUUUGAGCUGACGGGUCAGAUCAGCCACAUCCUGCCGGUGAUGAUAGCGGUGAUCCUGGCCAACGCCGUAGCCCAGUCCCUCCAGCCCUCGCUAUACGACUCUAUCAUCAGGAUCAAGAAACUACCCUAUCUCCCUGAACUGGGCAUGGGGCACCACGAGAAGUAUAACAUCCGUGUGGAGGACAUCAUGGUUAGAGACGUGCGUUACAUCACUCUCUUCUCCUCCUACCGAGAGGUACAGGAGGUCCUGAUGACUGGACAGCUGAAAACACUGGCCCUGGUUGAGUCCACAGACUCUAUGAUCCUGUUGGGUUCUAUAGAGCGCUCCCAGCUCCAGUCACUCCUGUCCAUCCAGCUGGGUCCAACGCGCAGGCUCGACCACCUCCGGAGGCACGCCCAGGACAACGGCACACACACACACACACUGGGCGCACACACACACCUGACCAGCCUGGACACCAUGGACAGUCCCCCCAGCCCACCCUGCACACACACACACUCCUACACCUCCAACUCCUCCAAUACCAGCGCACGCCAUGGGGUUCGCUUCCUGAUCUCAACAGAGGAGUCCUCCUUCAGUGCAGCUGUGACCAACUCUCAGCUGCCACUCAAAUCUGCUAUGAAAACUGUCCCUACUAUUCACAACACAGAGACACCCAACAGCUCUCAGCAGACCCUUUCCUGUGGUGACCCUGAGAGAGAGCUACUCGAGAGCCCGGCAGAGCCAGAGGCUCCUGAGAGCAGGGGGCCCAAACGAGUCAGGAUCUCCAUGGCGGCGUCCCCUGAAGUAGAGGAUGACAUGACCACAAACGAAAUAGCAGAGUGGGAGGAGCAACAGCUGGACGAGCCAGUGGAUUUCAACAACUGCAAGAUAGACCCCGCCCCUUUUCAGCUUGUGGAGCGGACAUCUCUGCAUAAGACUCACACCAUCUUCUCCCUGCUGGGACUGGACCAUGCCUACGUGACCAGUACAGGGACGGCUGUGGGCGUGGUCUCCCUCAGGGAGCUGCGUAAGGCCAUAGAGGGUUCAGUGACGGUGACAGGGUGA